ACAGCACUUCAGACAGCAGUAUGCUGUAGUCUACAAUCUUCCGUUUUGGUAGAAGUGGGACAGGGAGGGGGUGAUGCUACUGUAGUCGAACGGUGGGACGGACGUGCAGUUCAGUUUUUGGGCACGCAUACGAUGCUGCAGGGAUUUCUAGGUGUACCUCUUCGGGCUCUUGGAUAUCUUUUUCUCGUUGUAUGUGUGCGUGUUCUUUAGAUCCUCAGAUGGCUCUAGCACUUUCGAAGAACCUUCGGGCGGGGGAUUUCCCGGAGUUGGAUUCUUUAGUUUUGGACCUCGUCAACAAGGCGCGGAUGGCGAAGUACACCGUCACCGGCAACGUCAUCCGAUCGUUCGGCCGCUCUGCCAAGGCCACCCUGUUGGGCUCGGCGAAAACGACUGACUCUGUGAGGAAGAGGCUCGAGGACUUCAAGGCUGGCGACAAGUGGAGCAAGAACUUCGUGAAGCGCAACGACCUCCACAGCCACAAACUUCAUGGGACGGCCGGCAGCGUCGACCACGACCGCAUCAAAGAGGGCAUGGAGGAGGUCCGCGCUGCUUGCGAGAAGUACCCGGCGAGGAACGUCUUCAACGUCGACGAGACCGGCAUCCAGUGGAAGCUCAUUGCUAGGAGGACGUAUCUCGCCGCGUUCGAGGAUCGGAAGACCACUAGAGGGAGCAAGAACAUGGAGUUCAAGGAUCGCAUAUCUGCGAUCAUGUGCGCGAAUGCCACUGGCACUGCGAAAGUGUCACUGGCGAUCAUCGGCACGGCCAAGAACCCGCGCUGCUUCAGGCGCCGGAAAUGUCCUCUCAACGUACACCAGCCCAUGGACAUGGGGAUCAUCGCGGCCACCAAGGUGAUCUACAGGAGGGAGCUCCUCGACGCCAAGGUGUCAACCAUGCUCGUGGCUCAUGCACUGCGCGCCGAGGCCAAGAGCCGCAAGAUGGCGCGCGGGACCGCGGGCUUGGCGGAGGGAAACCACCCCCACGUGCUGGACGCGGCAGACCUUCUCAAGACCGCCUGGGGCAGCAUCACCCCCACGACCAUCCCCAGGUGCUUCGUGAAGGCCAAGACGCUCCCCGAAGAUAUGGAGGCUGAGCUCACGGCUGCGCACGGGAAGCACAGGCCGAGUGGCUCGGCGGCCCCGGCGGGAGGGCCAGUCCUGGGGCGUGCAGACAAGGAGUCUGUGGAUCUUCUCGCAAAGACCCUCACCAGCAUGAGCUCACGGGUGCAUGAAGCACAGGAGAAGUGCUUCGUGAAGGCCAAGACGCUCCCCGAAGAUAUGGAGGCUGAGCUCACGGCUGCGCACGGGAAGCACAGGCCGAGUGGCUCGGCGGCCCCGGCGGGAGGGCCAGUCCUGGGGCGUGCAGACAAGGAGUCUGUGGAUCUUCUCGCAAAGACCCUCACCAGCAUGAGCUCACGGGUGCAUGAAGCACAGGAGAAGUCCUACGGUGUUGACACGGAGUUGACAGAAAUGCUGGCGGCCCUGGGCAUCACUGCGGGAGAGCCCGCCGAUGCUGCCGCUGUGCGAGCGGCUGAAGUGUGGGCGACGGUGGAGGACCAGCCGGAUGUUGUGGAAGCCAUGCAGCAGGACGCCGUGGACGAGAUGACGGAGCUGCUUGAUGGCACGGCUCCCGCGGAAGAGAGCUCGGACGACGAAGCGAGCGAGGAACCCUCAAAGAUUUCGAAGGAGUGCUCAUGGGACGCACACAUAGCAAAGUUGAUUGGGAAGGGUAAAGCUCAGAUAGGCAAGAUGGACGAGAUCCUUACGGACCCACACCUAGACACUAGGAUUAAGAGGUGUGUUCUCUUGAAUGUGAUUGUACCUAAGCUAGAGUAUGCAGGAGAGGUAUGGGAAGGUAACGAAAAGGCCGUCAAGCAGCUGGAAACGGUGCAGAUGGCAGCGGCCAAGAAAAUACUAGGAUGUUCAAGUACAACGAGCAACACUGUAUUGAGAGCAGAACUGGGAAUGAAAGCGAGACAUGCAAAAGUUGAGUUGGCAGUACAAGCUUGGGGAAAAACGACUCCAGGGAAGAAAGGAAUCAGAUGGGACAAGGUGGUAGAGAGGGUUUGGAAGGAUAUUGGAGACGAGGAGGAGACAUUGAUUGGAAACGGAAGGGUUCGGGGGGUCCAAGAAGAAAGUCAAGGAGAUGCUAGAGAGUAG